GAGAAACCCAGUUGGUCACAAACGCCAGUUUCUCGAGAUGAUUUUGUAUACCUCCCCACGGCUAAAUAUGCAAUAAAAUCACCGUACUUGCCCUCUGCGAUGAGCAAUGCUGGAAAUUAUAUUAUCUCACUCGGCGAUAUGUGUCGUUGGUUGGGAGAAAAGGCGGAGGAAUUUGGCGUUGAAAUCUAUCCUGGAUUUGCUGUUUCGGAAGACAUCAUUGUUGAUAAUAAAGGGCGAAUGGUAGCGGUGAAGAUUCGCGACCAAGGCGUGGCAAAAGAUGGUCAUCAAAAAGCUAACUAUGAACAGGGGGUUAAAAUAUACGGUAAACAGAUCAUCCUUGCUGAAGGUGCUAGGGGCUCCUUAUCGUUGGAGGUGGCUAAACGGUAUAACCUAAACGCGGGGAGAUGCCCUUCUAAAUUCAGUCUUGGUGUAAAAGAAGUAUGGAAGGUCAGCCCUGAGGUCAGCGAUCCAGGCCAUGUGACACACACCGUUGGCUUCCCUAUGGACUACAUGUCGUACGGGGGCGGAUUCAUAUAUCAUAUGGAUGACAAUCUGGUUCAUCUGGGAUACGUAACGGGUCUUGGAUAUACUAAUACUAAUAUGUCACCAUAUAUGGAGUUGCAAAAGUAUAAAACGCACGAUAUGCUGAGACACCUGUUAGAGGGGGGCAAAUGUGUUGGAUAUGGAGCAAGAGUUAUUAAUACUGGUAGUGGUUAUCAAGCACUACCUUCAGUGGCCUUCCCAGGUGGUAUGUUGGUUGGUGAUGCUGCGGGCUUCCUGAAUGUACUCAAGAUUAAGGGGACGCAUACUGCGAUGAAGACGGGAAUGCUGGCUGCGGAGUCGGCGGUUGCUGACAUUAGUGAUGGUGCAAAACCUGGAUAUGUAUCGUCUAGAUAUGAACAUGCGAUGAAGGACAGUUGGGUGUAUAAAGAGUUAUAUGUAAUAUAUGUACGUAAUAUUCAUCCAGCGUUUAAGACGGGUUUGUUCUCGGGGCUGGGGUAUGGCGCUUUCUGGUUACUCAGUAAAGGGAGAGAGCCAUGGACGUUCAAGUGGUCCAAGGAUGAUGCUGCUAGAACGCGUAAAGAGAAGAAAUGCAAAGCUAUAGAUUAUCCGAAGCCUGAUGGUAGUAAACUGACAUUCGACUUGACAGACCAGCUGCCGUUGACAGGGGUGGACCACGAGGCUGAUCAACCUUCCCAUUUGAAGAUCAAACCUGGGAUGGAAAAGUUCCCGAAAGAGGUUUCCUUUGCCCAAUACGAAGGCCCCGAGCAAAGAUUCUGCCCAGCUAAAGUGUAUGAAUACGACGAUGAAGGGAAGCUCACCAUCCAUGCACAGAACUGUAUUCACUGUAAAACUUGCAGUAUCAAAACGCCUGGCCAUUUCAUACAGUGGACUGUCCCAGAAGGAGGUGGAGGACCGCAGUAUGGCAGUAUGUAA